GGAGACCGCGCCUCUUAGACCACCUGAACACUCAUGGAGAAAACUGUGAUCAAAUACAGACAUUGUGGAAGAAACAUUUACAGUUUUUCAUGUUCAGAUGCCCCAUAUUCUCAUCGAAGGGAUGAUUCAGAGCGUCAGUGUCCGAUCUGUCUUCAGAGUCUCACAUUUGGACUUUUAGACGCACCUGUUGCGCUUCCCUGUCCGUUUAGAAAUGGACACACAGUCUCAUGUGCAUUUCUGAUAGGAUCCAUUCACGGACCAUCACAUCUUGGGGAAUGGAAUGACACUGAGAUUCAUGUGGGACUCUCAAAUUCAGGAGGUCUGGUCUAUAACUACACCCUGUCAGGGGUCCGGAGAGACGACCGUGGUUGGGAACAGUGUGUCUGCAUACAGCUCUGCCCUCCGUGGAGACAUGCGCUCAGGGAAUCAUGGGACAGAGAGCUGGAGCAGUUUUCUGCAUCGCCAAAAUGGGUUUCAGAGCGGUUUGAUGAGGAGAGGGAGUUUGGAUCGUGCUGUUACGGUUUCGCUCUGACCUUCAUAAACCACAUGCGCUCGCUGGAUGGGAAAGUGUCUCUGAGCAGAGAUGAGUUCACAGGAUCUCACGUUUUACCCAGAAUGAAGACUGUAUCAUUAUAUAUCAACAUCUAUCAUGCAAUAUUACAACAUGGAUUUUGUAUUGCAUCUCAUGACAUGUGAUACACUUUUCUUCAUUAAACACUGCAAGUGCAAUAUAUACAAGCUAAGAAAAAAGUACAAAAGCUGUCACUAUCGCAGAAUACUUUUUUAAAAGUUACCAAUAUGUGCCUUUAAAGGGAUAGUUCACCCAAAACAUGAAAUGUAUUGUUAAUUUACACACCCUCAGGCCAUCCAAGUAAAGAAGAUUUUUAGCUGAAACAUGGUCCUUGGUAAUUGAAAUAAUGCAAGUUAGCAGCUACCAUCACAAAAAAGCACAUACAGGCAACACAGCCUGUUGUAAGCCCAGUGCUGUAUGGACACCACAGUCAGCGUAGCGUGAUGUGUUUACAGGAUUCAUUUACCACAUGACAGAUGUGGCUCAGUUACUCAUGACAGGUUGUAAACCUGUAAAUACACGUUUUAAACAAAGACCUGGUUUUAAGUUGCAGUGAGACCCAUUUGUAUCAAUUCAGAAAAACAUAUUUGCAUGGUUUCCAGGAAAAUCAAGCUAUUAUAUAUUAUCACUGCAUAAAAAUAUAUUUCUAAGCACCAACAAAGGAGGAUCAUGUCUCUGUAUUAAUUAAUUGUGUGUCUGUUGAUAAAGAGUA